AUGCUUCCCGUGACACCUAACUUUCGGGGAGGCGGGGGGCAGGGGCCAGAGGAUCUGAUGCUGUCCCCUGCUCAGCUGGUGCUGUUCGUGGCCCUGUUUGGAGGGAGCCUCUACCUCAUGUUCUACAUCAGCGUGGGGCUGGAUCAGGAGCUGGCACUGCCCGAGGACUCAUACCUGCUCGACUACUUCCUCUUUUUGAACAAAUACUUUGAGGUGGGAGCCCCUGUCUACUUUGUCACCACUGGGGGCUACAACUUCUCCAGUGUGGCUGGCAUGAAUGGCAUCUGCUCCAGCGCAGGCUGUGAUGACUUCUCUUUAACCCAGAAGAUCCAGUACGCCACGGAAUUCCCUGAAAUGUCUUACUUGGCCAUCCCAGCAUCCUCCUGGGUGGACGAUUUCAUUGACUGGCUGACCCCAUCCUCUUGCUGCCGCAUUUAUACCUCCGGCUCCAAUAAGGACAAAUUCUGCCCUUCGACCAUAAGCUCCCUCUCCUGCUUGAAGAACUGCAUGGGGCUUACCAUGGGCCCGGUGAGGCCCUCGGUGGAGCAGUUCCACGAGUACCUACCGUGGUUCCUCAAAGACCCACCCAACAUCAAAUGUCCCAAAGGGUUGGUCUGGGCUUCCGUGUGCAAGGGCAGGAUAGCUCCCCUGGCCCCUCUGCCCCCACCCAUGCUGUCCCCUGUCCCCAAGCCCCACUGGCCUCUGUCUUCCCUCAGCAGCAGGGUCUGUGGCCAGUGUGGGGAGCAGUGUGGACAGAUGGAGGUGGAAUGUGGAGGGACUUCAAAAUGGUGGUGGCACAGCGCUAAGCUGAGCGUGGAAGGCGAGGCUGACGACGGCGGUGGGGGCCUGCCUGAGACACCACAGUGGCCCUUGUGGUGGGGACUGACCUCGGCCCUCCUCUCUCCUGUCCUCUUGCCCCGCGCCUGCCCAGCCUCUCGGUUCAUGACCUACUCCAAGCCCCUGAAGAACUCGCAGGAUUACACGGAAGCUUUGAGGGCCACGCGGGCCCUGGCAGACAAUAUCACUGCUAGCCUGCGAGAGGUCCCCGGCACCGACCCGGACUUCGAGGUCUUCCCUUACACGAUCACCAACGUGUUCUAUGAGCAGUAUCUGACCAUCAUCCCCGAGGGGCUGUUCAUGCUCGCCCUCUGCCUGGCACCCACCUUCAUCGUCUGCUUCCUCUUGCUGGGCAUGGACCUCCGCUCCGGCCUCCUCAACCUCUUCUCCAUCGUCAUGAUCCUGGUCGACACCGUGGGCUUCAUGGCCCUUUGGGACAUCAGCUACAACGCCGUGUCCCUCAUCAACCUGGUCACGGCAGUGGGCAUCUCCGUGGAGUUUGUUUCCCACAUCACGCGCUCCUUCGCCAUCAGCACCAAGCCAACCCGGCUGGAGAGGGCCAAGGAGGCCACCAUCACCAUGGGCAGUGCGGUGUUCGCUGGCGUGGCCAUGACCAACCUGCCCGGCAUCCUCGUCCUGGGCCUAGCCAAGUCCCAGCUGGUCCAGAUCUUCUUCUUCCGCCUCAACCUCCUGGUGACGCUCCUGGGCCUGCUGCAUGGCCUGGUCUUCCUGCCCGUCGUCCUCAGCUACCUGGGGCCUGACGUCAACCCAGCCCUGGUGCUGGAGCAGAAGCGGGCGGAGGAGGAGGAGGCAGCAGCCAGGGAGGCCUCCUGCCCAAAGCAUCCAUCUGUGAGCUGCACGACUGACAACACCUAUGUCAACAGUGGCUUUGAAGACUGUGCCAAGGGUACCAGUGGCAUUGGCCGUGCCUUGCGCAACACUGGCCCGGAGAUCUGA